AUGUACCACCAAGAAUCCUCCAGGCCUCACUGUCGACAGCCGAGUUUGGGCGCAUCUGGGAGUCAACAUGUGGACCAGGCGGCCGUGGUCGAGUGGGACGCGGUGGUGGCCUCAUCGCAGAGGGUGCCGGCGUUUUCGCAGGGCUGGUGCUGUAUCCCCUGUUGUUUCACCAAGUGUGGGUCCUCGUCGAUGGGCCAGAUUCUGUCUGUAGGGGCAUUUUCGUGGGCUGAUUCCGUCGGCGUGGGUAGAUGGCAGUUUUGUGGGUCUUCGGGUGUUCUCAUGGGCGGGGGGUCGAUGUGGGUGGUGGUCGUGUUUGCCGUGGCACAUGGUGGACCGGUUCUCGUCACAUUUGAAGCGAGGUAUGUGUGGUCGGGUCGACACAGCCAACGUGGGGCGAGGUGGGAGGAGCGCCCUGGCUUUGCCCUGGUGGGCGUUUGCCAGGGCAGUGAGGUGGGAGGUGAUGGUGGUGGGCUGUUAGCAAAUAUGGGGCUGAACAGAGUGGGAGCUCACCUGAAGGGGCCCGCGACCGUUUUCUUGGUCCUUGUCGGUCAUAGCGAGGGUGCAAGCCCAAAAUUGGCUACAAUCACGCCGGAACUCCCGUUGCCACCUGUUGCAACCAGGUUGCCACCCUGGAUGGGACCAAAAUUGAGUUUCGAAUUUAUGUGCGAAAAUGCGAAAUCCAAGCGAAAUCUCGAAGAACGACUUGAGAACAACACAUUGUUACCUGUUCUCCUCAUCUCUGUGUGUGUGUCUCCCCUUGCGCGCGGCGAUGCAUCUGGCUCCAUCACCACCAAGAAAUCAGAAAUCAAAUUGAACCGCGGCGCUCCCGCCUACCGUAGCCCCCUCUCAGGCCAAUUACCCCCAGACAAAGAAUCGGCCUCUAAGGGCCCAGAAGCACGUAGAAGUGCUAGGCCUGCAGGCUGCCAGCCGUUUGUUACGAAAAGUGGUGUUAGCGUAGGAAGACAUAAAGACUUCAGUACAAUAUCCAUUCCCAAUCACUGCCCCCGACAACUAGCAAUCGUCUCCGCCCUAACCGUCUGCGCAAACCUCACCAACUCAUUCACCUGUACCCACCGCUCGUCCUCAUGUCCCUCAUACGAACGCACGCACUUCAAACCUGGGAACAAACCAUCCAAGUACCGUCCAAUAAGAAAAGCGUCCCGCGCAUCCCAAUCGUCUACUACCAAUGCAAUCCCUGGGUAUCCGCAGUUCCGACUCAAAGAGACUUCAUCCUCGGCCGCACACGAGUGGGAGGGAGGAACGGGAGGAGGAGGUCGUUCAAGUUUGGCCAGGUCUUCGCCCACUCUUUUAUCAGGUCAUCGCUGA